CCAAAGGCCUAUUCAAGAGGGCUAUUAUGGAGAGCGGCGCCCAUAUGUAUAACAAGGAUAGGGAUGUCAUCAGUAAAGAGGAUUCAAUAUCGUUAGGCAAACGGAUAGCAAAAGAGCAGAAUUGCAGCGAAAGUGAGGAUUGGUUGCAAUGUUUGCGAGGAUUGGAUGCAAAGGUGUUCAACAAAUACACGAUUCUCUUAACAUAUCCCGUAUUGGGCACUGAAUUCCUACCCAUUUCUGCCCAAAAGGCUUUCGCAGAGAAUAAAUUCAAUUCAGAUGUGAAUAUAAUGGCAGGCAUUGCCAGCACUGAGGGCUCGAUGUUAGCACAAGAUUACGUUAAAAAUAUGCUGACUUUAAAUAAUUUUAUUGAGUCCACAAAAACAUCGGACAGUGUUUACCACGGAUUGGAUGUGAAACGUGUGGACGACUAUUAUCUACAAAAUGUCCACAAAAACAGUUCACUUGAGCUCAAGAAAGCGUUUUAUGAACUGUUUGGCGAUUUAAUGAUGAAAUGUCCGACAUAUCUGUUUGCUAAACAAGUGGCCACAAAUGCACAACCUGGUCAUAGUCAAACCAACCGUAAGCGAAGAGUGGCCACAAUUAUUGACUGGAAAUACAAUUAAUGUGAAAAAUUUAAACCCAAACCCAAAACCCAAUGUAUUUGUCAAUCCAUACGACACUACUUGUGAUGGCAUUUGGAAACAAUACUUCUUGUAAACAAUUUGAGAUAUGAUUCAUAUAUUUUAAAC